AUGCGAGAAAUUUUAAGUGGUUUAAAUCAUUGCCACGAAAAUGGAAUUCCUCACUUAGGAAUCAAUUUUGGGAAAAUUAAUAUAAAUACCAAAGAAGGAAACAUUAUUAAGCUCUUAGGCUUUUCUUAUCCUUGAGAAAUAAAACAAAAAGUGAAAGCUAAUGAGGUGGUAAGCUUUAUUUAGACGCGCUAUAUGGCUCCUGAAAUCCUAAAUGGAAACUAUAAUCAGUUUGCUAGUGAUAUCUGAAGUUUAGGAGUUAUUUUAUACACUAUUGUUCAAGGAAAGCAUCCAUUUAAAGGGAAAAAUCCAGAGGAUUUAAAAAACGAAUAUAAAAAAGAAAUUGACUUUGAAGGGAGUGACUGGGUCUUUACCUCAGAUGAACUCAAAGAUUUGCUUAGUAAAAUGCUUGAAUACGAUUAUAAGAAAAGAAUUACAGCUGCAGAAGCAUUGAAUCAUCCAUGGAUCAAAAAUAAUGUUUCUUCGCUUUUAACCCUAAAACAAUAA